AUGAUGAACACAACAACCUACAAUGCUGCUGCUACUGAAACAUCCAAGAACGGAUCAAGAAAUCCUCGGAAAAAAUGGUGGACUUUACUCAUUAUCAUCCUCCUCACUAUCACUCUCACAAUUGGCAUGCCUCUUGCAAUUCUCAGUUUUGUUAAUAAUGAAAACCCAUCAUCUGGUAACAUACACAAUCCAACAAUUCCAUCUCCUCAAACUGCAAUCAUCAGCGAAACUUGCACAAAAACUCUCUACCCAUCUCUCUGUUUCACCUCCUUUUCUUCAUUUCCUUCAUCUAUAAGAAUCACUAGUCCAGAAAGGCUUCUUGAAUUCUCCAUCAAUGGAACUGUAAAAUCUGUUCAAGAUUCAAGAACUAAGAUUUCUCUUCUUGUUAAUGGCAAUCAACAAGAAAAGAAUGCUUUGAAUGAUUGUAUAGAGAUGUUGGAUCAAACCCUAUAUGAGCUUGGACAAGUUAGUAAUGUACUUAAGAAUUAUUCUGUGUUGAUUGGUUUUCGUCAUCAGUUGUAUAGUGAAUUCAAGACUUUACUGAGUGCUGCCAUGACGAAUGAAAACACAUGUAUUCAAGGUAUUGAAGAUGUUGAAGAAGCGAACCCUGAAACUCAUAUGGGUCUUAAAGAUGUUGUGCAGAGAUUGUUGAACCCGGUAUCUAAGUUGAUUAGUAAUUGCUUGGCAAUGGUGAAAUACAUGGAAUCGACUAGUGGUGGUGGUUCAAAAGUGAUGAUUACGAAACAUCGUCAGGCGUCACAUGGGUUUCCGGCAUGGAUGACUGCAAAUGAUCGGAAGCUAAUCUGUUGGGCAUGCAAAUGA